AUGGAUGAAAAUGGCGCCAAGAUCUUGGACUCUUGGUUUCGAUGCCAAAUAUGCCAGGAUUACUUCACGGCUCCUGUGUUGAUCAAGACGUGCAACCACAACUUCUGCUCCGAGUGCAUUCGCCGGCACCUUGGCUAUCAGAAGCAGAGGAUCAGCUUCACAUCGCAGUGUCCAACAUGCGAACGCGAUUGCUGUCCCACAGACCUGAUUCCCAAUCACAUCUUGACGCACAUGCUCGACGCCUACCGGCAGUCCAGUCUGGAACACUGCCGACAGCAGCAGCAGCAGCGUUCACCGCCGGCACAGCUGUGGGGUCGCCGAUGA